AUGUCCGUCCUCGAGCAGUUGUGCGACGAUAGAUUGGAGCCCGACGUUGUCACCUGCACCGCCGCGGUCAGCGUGUGCGCUGCGGGCGGGCAGCUGCAGAGGGCGGGCUCGCUGUUUCGAGAGCUCCGUCGGGCGCGCGUGGCGCCGAACGUCUUCUCUUACAGUGUUGCGCUGGGUGCCUGCGAGAUCGGCGGGCAGUGGCAGCAGGCGCUCUCGCUCCUGGGGGAGCUCCGCGACGCCGAGCUGGAGCCCAACGCCGUCUGCCUCGGCGCCGCAGUCGGCGCGUGCGAGAGGCGGGGGCGGUGGCGGCAGUUGUCCCCGCUGCUCAAGGAGCUUUGGGGCGUGGCGUUGUAG